AUGCCUCCCAAGCGCAUCCAAGUUGAGCCUCGUGGUCGUCGUGCCCCCAAGGGCUUCAUCGGCUCCACCUAUGACGCUCUUACUUCUCCCGACAACGCCGCUGUCGUCCGCAGCAUUGCCAUCUUUGGUCUCUUGGGGCGAGAUCCUUCUGCCUCCACUGUCAGAAUUAUUUCUGAAGACUUCCGAGAUGCGAUGCGAUGCGAUGCAUUGCCUCACUCGUCUUCCAAAACCGCCAACAUGAGCACGCCCUCGUCUUCUCGCAAGAAUUCACCACGCAAGUUCGUCUCCGAAAGCUCAGAUACUCACAGUUUGACGAGCAGCAAGUUCGCCCAGCUUCUGUCCAAGUUUGAAGUCAUUGAAGCAGUCUCUUUCGUUGGCAGCCCUCCUCUUACUUCAUCAAAGACAAAGCCUGUCUCUGCCAUCAAGGUAACAUCUACAAUUGAGCAAACUUCAUCAAGCGCCUCGAAGCCAUCAUCUCAUGCAUCAACGAGAAUACGAGAAAGAGGCUCAACGGGUUCCAGCCAUGUCUCAUCCGGUCGUUUCGUUCCUUCAAGCCAGGAACCCCCGCGUGCACGUCGAGUAAAAACCUUUGGUGCCCAGUCGCCUGUGAUCUCGACUAGAAAUGUGGAUUCAAGGGCAAGGCACAAGUCUGUGGCAGAGAGAAGAAUAAUGUUUGAGGCUGCAGACCAACAGGCGCAAAUUGAAGCCUCUAGUCCCACCCGUACUUCUAUUCCUCGUUCGCCGUCGAAGCUGGCUCAUUCCAAAAGUUGGCAAUCGAUCAAGACAAGACGGUCAGCCGCAGAACCACGACCAGAGGAUGCUCCCACAACACCGAACCCAAACCAUGCUGCAAAGACCUUCUCCCUCACUUCUCAUACUGUCCCUUCGCCUCGAACACUUUUGGCUUCUGAUGAUCCUUUUGGCUCAUGGCGAUCUCCUCUGAAUCGACCAGAUGACUCAUGGACUUCUUUCAAGCGUAGCAGCCUCGUCAUGAGUGCGCCUGAUGCGAGUCCAAGCUACAUCAAGUCUCAGUACACCGAAUUGACACCAAAAUCUGUGCAGGCGGUAUCCACGAGUCGAAUCAAGCUUGAUGAUGUUCGUGAUGAUACUUUUGUUGAAAAGAACAACGUCACCAUCGAAGAGACCCGACAUAAUGGUUGGGUGCGAAAUGCUCGCAAGAUAGCGUCUUCAUUGUCAAAUACAGCCUCUGCAGGAAGCUCAAGCCUUCAAAGAAAAUCCCGUGGAUCCCAUGAUGCUCCUAGCCAAGCUCCGAGCAAUACCAGCGGUCUCAUCUCUUUCAGAUUUGCGAGAGAAAGUACCCCAAGUCGCUCAAGCCUACCACGCUCUAGAAUUUCCAAUCUCAGAAGACAGUUUGAUCAGUUGAGGGAUCAGCCAGUGGCCUCUGUUGCUCCUCUUGAAACCAAACAGCGCGAGUCAAUCCUUACCAAGAACGAGGCGCCCAACUCGCCAUCGAGGCGUCCUCUUCUGCUGUACUCCGAUUCUUCGGAGUCCGAAAUAUUUAAUGUACCGAAAUCCAGGUCGAAAAGUUAUGCUCCUUGUUGGAGUCGGGCGGCGGUGGAAAGUCCACAAACUCCUGUCGGUCGGCGUAACACGGAGAAGUUCAUUUCACCUUUGAAGCAAAAGAUCGACCUGUUUGAGUCCCUCGAUCGCCAUGCUCCUUCGCUCAAUUCUCCCCGUUCAAUUGAUGCUGGUAAGCAGUCGAUUUCGAAAAUCAAUAAGCGAAAGAAUUCUGUUGUUGGUCCUUUGAGAACCUUCAAGGGUACUCUGCGACGAAUAUCUACAUCCUGUCGAAGGAUACCCUCAGAAUGGAGUACAACAAGCUCGAGAGAUAUCGGUGCCUCCCAAUUUAGGGGCUCCGACGACGAUACUGUGGUGCAGGAUGAUCAGGCUGUUGGAUUCGCAGCCGAUGAGCCGCUGUCGCCUCAUUCAAUCGAUGCGAUUCCCGGCCAGCCCGUUCUCGGCCAAACUUUCCUCACUAAUGAAAUCAUCUCGCCUCUUUUACUGGAAAAAACAUCAUCUCUCCCUCAAAGUUCCAUCACCCAAGCAGGCUUCAACACGGAUGGCGAGGCUGGACUUAGUGUAGCGCCGCCUCCUUUGUUUGCAGAACCUCAAAGGCGGUUCUCUCACACCAAGCAUGCCCUCUCCCGAGCGGCAAACCGGUUUUCUCUACCCGACAUCGAAAAAGAACUUGAACUCAUCGAGCUUCUUGAGGAUAGUCAUCAGCCUGUACCCGCACACAAUCCAUUUGUCUCCAAGGUGGUCUGCGAGUUGGAGCAACCUCGACCAGUGCGCGCGAACGAGCUGAAGCGACUUGUUAGUUUGUGCAAAGAAAAGUGUCAAUCCCUCACAUCACAUUCUGGCUGUCCUACCUGGCAACUGACAGCAUACGACUCUGAACCUAACAUUGGACAUCACAGUAGACAAGGCAAAAUUGGCAACCUGAAUGUAUUCACCGCUAUCGUGCGCCUGAGCGCUUGUCCAUCUUUCAACUGA